AUGAGACAAAGACGGUGCUUAGAGUUAGUCAAGGACUACGAUUGCGAGAUUCUUUAUCAUCCUGGAAAAGCCAAUAUAGUGGUUGAUGCCCUGACUAGGAAGGGCCCUGGACAAGUUUGUAGUACCAAGAUAAUUUCUCCCCAAUUAGCCACUGACAUGGUCAAUACAAAAAGGAUCAAGUGUGCCCAACUGGAAGAUCUUGAGUUAGUCAAAACUCGAGAGGAAGUCUUAGCUGGACAUGUUAAGGACUUCACAUUUUCUGAUACUGGUAUGCUACUUUAUAAGGCUCGAGUUUGUGUUCCAAACGGUGGUGAGCUUAAGAAAGAGAUUCUAGAUGAAGCUCACACCACUCCAUAUUCGUUACAUUCGGGUACCACCAAGAUGUAUCAAGAUUUGAAACCCUAUUAUUGGUGGUGUGUUUGGGUAAUUUUGGAUCGUUUCACAAAGUCAGCACACUUUUUGCCAGUGAAAACCACCUUUACAGUGGAUCAGUAUGGUGAGUUGUAUGUUAAGGAGAUAGUGUGUCUCCAUGGAGCUCCAAAAUCCAUAGUUUCAGAUAGAGAUCCAAAAUUUACUUCCAAAUUUUGGCAAAGUCUUCAGAAGUCCAUGGGUAUGAAGCUGAAGUUUAGUACAGCUUUUCACCCCCAGAAAGAUGGUCAGUCUGAAAGGACGAUUCAAAUUCUAAAGGACAUGUUACGAGCCUGUGUGUUAGAUUUUGAAGGUUCCUGA